CCUCCCCGCCCCUCUUCCUGCCCUCUCCCCGCCCCUCUCCGCCCCCCGCCCCGCCUCCGGCCUCCUCCGAGAGCUCCAGACCUCUCAGCUACUCCGAACCCCGCCGACUGCCGGGACCGCGCGAUGGAGUCGACUGGCGGCGACGGGAAGGCCCCGGGAGGCCCCCGGGUGCUGGUGGUGGGCGGCGGCAUCGCGGGGCUGGGCGCGGCGCAGAGACUCUGCGGCCACCCUGCCUUCCCGCACCUGCGCGUCCUGGAGGCCACGGCCCGUGCCGGGGGCCGCAUCCGCUCGGAGCGCAGCUUUGGUGGCGUGGUGGAGGUGGGCGCGCACUGGAUCCAUGGGCCUUCCCGGGGCAACCCCGUCUUCCAGCUGGCUGCUGAGUACGGGCUGCUGGGGGAGAAAGAGCUGUCGGAGGAGAACCAGCUGGUGGAGACCGGGGGUCACGUGGGCCUGCCCUGCGUCAGCUACACCAGCUCCGGGGUCCGUGUGAACCUCCAGCUGGUGGCGGAGAUGGCGACUCUGUUCUACGGCCUGAUCGACCAGACCCGAGAGUUCCUGCAGGCGGCGGAGACCCCGGUGCCCAGCGUGGGGGAGUUCCUCAGGAAGGAGAUCAGGCAGCACGUGGCCGGCUGGACAGAGGACGAGGAGACCAAGAAACUGAAGCUGGCCGUCCUGAACGCCUUCUUCAACCUGGAAUGUUGUGUGAGCGGCACCCACAGCAUGGACCUGGUGGCCCUGGCGCCCUUCGGGGAGUACACCGUGCUGCCCGGGCUGGACUGCACCUUUUCUAAGGGCUACCAAGGGCUCACAAACUGCAUGAUGGCCUCCCUGCCAGAGGACACAGUAGUUUUUGAGAAGCCCGUGAAGACCAUUCACUGGAACGGGGCCUUCCAGGAGGCAGCCUUUCCCGGGGAGACCUUUCCAGUGUCGGUAGAGUGUGAGGAUGGAGACCGGUUCCCAGCACACCACGUCAUUGUCACCGUGCCCUUAGGCUUUCUUAAGGAACACCUGGACACCUUCUUUGACCCUCCGCUGCCGGCUGAGAAGGCGGAAGCGAUCAGGAAGAUCGGCUUUGGGACCAACAACAAGAUCUUCCUCGAGUUUGAGGAGCCCUUCUGGGAGCCAGACUGCCAGCUGAUCCAGGUGGUGUGGGAGGACACAUCCCCGCUGGAGGACCCUGCCCCCGCACUGCGGGACGCCUGGUUCCGGAAGCUCAUCGGCUUUGUGGUCCUUCCUGCCUUUGGGUCUGUCCAUGUUCUCUGUGGGUUCAUUGCUGGGCUCGAGUCUGAGUUCAUGGAGACUCUGUCGGAUGAAGAAGUGCUUCUGUGUCUCACCCAGGUGCUCCAGAGAGUGACAGGAAAUCCACGGCUUCCUGCACCCAAGAGCGUCCUGCGGUCUCGCUGGCACAGCGCCCCGUACACCAGGGGCUCCUACAGCUACGUGGCCGUGGGCAGCACGGGGGACGACCUGGACCUGCUGGCUCAGCCCCUCCCUGCAGAUGGCACCGACGCCCAGCUCCAGAUCCUGUUUGCAGGGGAAGCCACACAUCGGACGUUUUACUCCACGACGCAUGGGGCUCUGCUGUCGGGAUGGAGGGAGGCUGACCGCCUCCUCGGUCUGUGGGCCCCGCAGGCGCAGCAGCCCAGGCCGAGGCUCUAGCAGGCCAGCCUGCGCUGCUCCUCCGGUGCUGGGGGAGGCUGGGACUCUCGUUUCCUCUGAUGAUUUCAGCCUGGAUUGAGAUUUGAGGAUGUUAAUGAGAGCCUUCUGGUUUUGGUGACUUUCUCA